AUGUGUCUCACUCUUCGUCACUUCAACGUCAACAAGAAACGUCUCCGUCUUAAGCUCAUUUUGAGAGAGGAACCGGAGGUGAAAAAAACGGAGAAGAACCCAGAGCUGCAAGUGCUAAAGUCAUUAUUAUUAUUAUUAUUAUUAUUAUUAUUAUUAUUAUUAUUAUUAUUAUUAUUACUAUUAUUAUUAUUAUUAUUAUUAUUAUUGUUAUUAUUAUUAUUAUUAUUAUUAUGA